AUGCUAGAUCGUGCCGAUCGUGCGGGUCGCCGCCGUCCCUUUUCCACCUGGGUCAAGAAACUCACCAACUUCAAGAGCUCUUCGUCAAGCGAUGGCGGUGGUGUUCGUCUACCCAGCUCCAAGCGCCAACAGGCAAAGUUCCGCCGCGCCCCCAAGAACAACAAUCCAUACCCCCAGUCAGGCCGCGUAGCCUCGACCAGCCAUGCCGAUGUCGAUGUCGAGACCAGCUCCUACUCCUUUUCCACAGCCCUCAGCGGCAGCGCAACAUCAGUCGAGCGAGAGUCGCGCGUAUCAUCCGAUAACAGCGGCGCCCCGCCCACCGCUGGCGGCCGAUCCAUGGCCCCCACGAUUUCGACAGACUACGAUGGCGCGCAUUCUGUCGUCGCCCCAUCUCACCACGCCCCCUCGGUUGCGGGAACAAGUCGGACGGUUGGGGGCGUAGAGUCACGCAGGGGAGGCGACAGCACCUUCUCGUCACCGGCUCCGUCAGUGCGAUCCCUGACGACCACUCUCACCACCAUACAAUCCAUGCCAGCAAACGGCGGCACCCACGUGCCUACAAACCCGACCACCAACACCAACCACACCUCUCACCAGGGCCAUACCCAUUCGAUACACUUCAACCAGCCCUUCCCGACUGCAUCGCCCGCUUCCGCCAUUCCAGCCCACUUGGCGCCAUCAAACCAGGGUCCGGGCCACCCAGCGACGUACACCACAGCCACGGCCAACAACCUCCUUACCGAUAAUGCAUCCAUCAUCACCUUGGCCUCGUCGUCGAAGCGCCGUCGCCGUCGUUCGCUCGAUACUGAUGCCUCCGUCCGCGCCCUGGCGCCUUCGUCAUUAUGGGGCGGCAGCCGCGAAAGCUUGCCUUUGAGCAUCCUCAGCGCCAACAUCGGGGAGGGUGCGGGCAUGCCGACCACCCCAGGCAUCCACCAGAGCAGCUCACGUAUCGCUAACGCCGAGCGCACCAGCAUCUACUCGGCCACGGGCAUUGCCCCCGCCUUGCCCGGCGAGCGCAACAGUUUUUAUGCGAAGCAGAGCGGCGCCGGCGACGGAGCGAGCGUGCGGAGCGGCCUGUUGGGCCACGGCAGGUCGGACAGCAUCAGUGGGAGCAUUGGCGGCGUGGCCAGCCCCUUGACGAGCCCGCGGGAAGCCUCCGAGAUCGGCGACACAGACGACAGAGAAGAGGGAACGAGCCGGCCAAAGGCAGGCGAGGAUCGGUGA